CGUAUUUUUCCAAUUGCGGGCCGUGUGUCUUCAGAUGGUAGCUCCAUUCCCGACAGUGACUUAUUCUUGUAGCAGUAGGUCUAGGUGGUCGUAGGCAUGGGAUUGCUUGGUGCAUGACAUAGCUAUCAAAUUUUCAUUUUACUUGCACGGCUCCGGAUGAUGAGACGCAGUUUCGUGAUUGCAUUGGUAUUCCUGGUUGGACGAGUGGGAGCGUCUUGAGCGCUUUUUGUGGUGUCAUUGGUACUACGUCAUUAUUCCGACGGCGACUUGCUUCUACUAAGUGCGAGGCUCUUUUGUCCACCGCCCGUCUAACAUUCUUGCUACGACAUACCUGACGCUGUCAAUUUUUUUCUCAGUAUUUCUAUUUCCCUUUGGCUCCGUGCCCGCGGCCCCAGCCCCAUCGUUCAGGAUGCGCAAGGUCGCACAGAGAUGCUGGACCCGAGGACAACGGGGCUCGACGUCAUCUCUUCGCUUUCCUAUCCCGCCCCAAGUUCAUCUCGCCUGCCGCACACGGGGCCCCUUACUUACUCCGGGAGCUGCGCGACCUUUCUCAACGGCAUCUUCGCGGCCGGCGUUCUCACCAGAGCAUUCCUCUGCGCCUCAACCGAGAAAAACAUCAGCUUCCAAGUUUUCCGGCCGAUCCGACAUUCUCGUUGAGCCAACCGACACUCCGCACACACUUUACCAGAAGCUCGUCGACCGCGGGGAGCUCAAGACGGAUGCGGAACAGGAAAAAACCGUGGAAAUGCUUACAGCUAUCUUCCACUCCGUUCUGGGCAGCAAGAAAGAAUCUACUCCUGCUACUCCCCCUCGCGGCCUGUACAUCUACGGUCCGGCUGGUUCCGGGAAGUCUCUCUGCAUGGACCUGUUUCACCUUUGCAUCUCGCAGCAGAGACCGAAUACCGAACGAACCCACUUUCACGAGUUCGUGUACCGGCUGCACCGCAGGUUGAACGAAUUGUCCAAGGGCGAAAAUAUUAGCAACAGCUCAUCAACAAGCACUUUCGCCGGCAUCCCGAAACAAACUGACACUACGAGGCAGAGGAUCGAGAGAGUCGCAAAGGAAGUCGCGGAGCACAGUGAGGGGUUGCUGUGUUUUGACGAGUUUGCGAUUACCACGAUCCAGGAUUGUACGAUGCUGUGUGUGUUGUUUCAGGAACUGUUCCGACAGAACGUGGUGUUCAUCACGACGUCCAAUCGGGCACCGCAAGAUUUGUACGAGGACGGUUUGAACCGGCAUUUGUACUUACCGGAUUUCUUAAAUUUAUUGCACACCAACUGCGACAUCCGGUCAGUGGGGUUUGAAACCGGGAUCGACUACCGACAGGCGGGUUAUAAUUCGUUAGGGCAAGAAUUAGGCAGGCUGGUGGACGAGGAGGGGACAGGCGAGGGCGGUGAUUCAGGCGCUUACGUGGUCCACGAGUUGUAUUUUCCCGACCCGGAGGUUGCGGAUGCAGGAGCAGGUGAAGGUGUGAAUAUUAAACUACCAAACCGCGAGCAGGCUUUCGCCUGGGCCAGUUCAACAUCUUCACUCGAGCCGAUAGCGGACUUCGAUUUAUCAUCUGCAGCAGCUUCCACGUCCUCGACGGUGACAGGAAGUUCCACCCCGAUCCAGAUCCCCAUCAGUUAUGGGCGAACCUUGGAGUGCAAAACCUCCGGUCCCGGCUGGGUCUUGUUCGAUUUCCGCGAGCUUUUCGGCGGAACCGGUGGCGACACGGAGCGGAAGCUGAGUCCGCGUGACAGCAAAGAACGACCCCGACAUUCCUCCACUGCCUACGGGCACUACAGUGCGGACGAUUUCAACGCGAUCUGCCGCCAGUUCCACACGGUUUUGCUCGAAAAUAUUCCGAAAUUAACCACGGAAGAACACAACGAGGCGAAGCGGUUCACGAAUUUUCUCGACUGCGCGUACGAAAACCACUGUCGGUUGGUGUUGCUGAACAUGCUAUGCACUGCAAAUAUGUCUGGGUCUGGAAGAUUGCAACUCGUCAUGCUGUUUCUGGACCCCAAAUAAAAUUUGUAUUGCGUGACCAGCAAGAGGGGUACAGUUUUUGGUACACGGACACGGCAUUUCUCAUGCGGAAGGUGCAUCAGGAAGCCCUCUAAAAGUCUGCGAUGCUAGUUCAUGCAUUACAGGCAUCAUGGGUCAUGAGAAAUAUGCACGACAAAUCUUGCAUUCUUCGUCUUCCAGACCCAGACACUUUUGCAUUUGAUACAUGCACUGCGCAAAGGUUGCUGACGUUUUUCAGGAGCUGCGGUCCUUAGAGUCCUUGCGGAUGGCGGACUUUGGACAGCACGAGAUUCCGGCCGGCGCGGCAGAUCAGGACACGACGAAAGACGCAUCCGCGAUUGUGCAGGCGAUAAAAAAGCUGAAGGAGCGGAAUGUCGGGCUCGAGCAACUCGAAAAGGAUAAGGGGGAGACGGAGCCGCACGUUGAAAAAUCGUCGGAGGAUCAGCAGGUCACCAGUGGCGCUGGGUCAAGCACAGGUUUGUAGUUGAUGGAGUACCUGCUUGAUUUGAGAACGCGUAAAGGUCUUGCAUUGACUUUGUUCUUUCUGCUUUUGGAGCAUCUUGGAGGAUGCGAUAGUAGAUACUGGUACUGCAGAGCCAGAACAUAAAAAAGUUUCGCCACAAAAAAAACAUUCAGGCUCACCACCUUCCCAACGAGGACCUUCGUCUCUGAAGAGCGACAUGAAACACCCGAUGAGCCUUUCAGAUUUCGACCCCGAAAAGGAUAUGCAAAUCUGGAAGCAGGACGCGCAGGGCAUGCCGCAAGUCACCAAAUCCUGGGAUGAGCGACGCCGAGCGAGUCAGUUUCUCUGGGAAGCAGCGGAUCCCACCGCGGAACAGCAGACUUUCAAAGGCGUGUUCGCCGCGGCAAUUGCGUCGUUGCACGAGAUAAGCGUUGCAAAUAUGUCUGGGUCUGGAACAUGCCAACUUGCGAUGCUGCAUUUGCAUUCCAAAAAAAUCUGUAUUGCAUGAGCAGCAAAAGGAGUCCGACUUUUGUUACGCGGAGAGGGCAUUUGUCAUGCGGGAUAGGCAUCAAGAAGCUGUCCUAACAAAUCUGUGAUGCUAGGGCAUGCAUCGCAGACAACAUGGCUCAUGCAAAACGUGCAUGACAAGUGUUGCAACCUCCCAGACCCAGACCCAGACAUAUUUACGUUUUAUACGAGACGGGGUUUGCAGUGAAACGCGCGGUCUCCAGGUUGCACGAGAUGCAGAGUCGGAGAUACUUGGAGGUGUGGCAGGACAAGCGCGGGGGCGAGACGAAGAAGUAGGAGUUUUUAUUAGUACCUAACAAGAAGAACAUACACCUCAACGCAAUCGCAAUGUAGUAUGUAGCAGCUCGAGCUCCUUGUUUCGUGUGCAGAUAGUACAGCUGUUGUAUGAUCGAAAUUUUGCUGGCUCAUUCUCAUAUUUGCCAGCGGGGGUUUCUUCAUAGAGUAUUUUGGAAAAAAAUGCACGCACAAGGUUUUAUGUGACCAGAAUCCAAGUCGAGUUUCAUGAU